UAUUAUUUGGGCGGCACUUUGGGAACCAUCACCCUCAGCAGCCUGGCAGCCAGCGUGGCCUACUACUUUGCAACUCGACCUGUGCCGGAACAACCAUUAGUGCCUCUGGAAAACCAGUCCCCAUUGCUAGAGCCAUGUAACAAAAAUUGACAAAAACCUGAAUAAACCAAUUCUCAAUAAAAAUAACAAACAAUGAAAACAAAACAAUAAGGAAAUGUCAGACUUUUGACAUGACAGGGACAACCUGUCUGCUUAUGACCGGGUAUAGAUAUGUACAAAUAAAAAUAAUGUGCAUUCUGAACUGCAUAAUUCUGAAUGUUCAGACUGGUCUAGCAACUGCACCAACAAGCAUUUGGCACACUCUUAACCAAAUGCGUUUAUAGACGGCUUUUCAAUGGACUACUCGCAUGAACACUAAGGCGGCUAAUGAGCGCAAAUGGAAGUGCAAAUGACACGAUAAAUAUGUGUGAGGUAGAAUUGGCAUGUGCCAAUUUUUUAUUUAUGUUUAAAAUGAUUUCAUACAAUAUUCAUAACAAAAUAAACAGAUUCAGUAAUUCUGAGAUAAUUUAAUGAAAUAAAAAUAUAUCUUUUAGUCAUGUAAAUAUUUAAAAAUUCAACAAUCCGACUAAUAUCUGACCAAAUAAAAUUUCAUCAUAAAUCCAAUCCAUUGCUUUCUAUUUGGUUUAAAAUCAAAAAGUAAACAAAAGUCUUUUUUAUUUUUAGUUUUGACUAAAAAGAGGGCGUGGCUCUCCGUUAUAGGCCAUAAAUCGAAAAAUCAUAUAGAAAAAAAUUAAAGAGUUGAAAAUUGGCUGUCAGUAGCAUUACUGCCUCACCUCUGCACUUUUAUUUGUAGCCCAGUUUUUUGUAUUUGUUAAUUAUUUAACGUCACAUGGCGUUUUCGAUCGCGUGUAUUAAAAGGAGGACUGGUGGGCGAAUACACAGACAACAGACAGUCGGACAACUUGAUCAAGAAAAAAACAAAAAAAAUAGAUAUAGCAAAGAGAACCGUUUAAUAUCAAAAUAAGUAAACUUAAACGAAUUAAAUUCCUAGGCGAACGCUGCAUUCUUUUUCGUAAUAUCCCCGAAUAUCCCCUUCGAUCCUCAGAAUCUCAGAUUCUCUGGUCUUCUCGGUUUCUCGCUCUCUCAUUCCCAAAACGAAAAGUGGAUUCUUCGGGCCGGCCAAAAUCAUUUUUAGCCACGACCAAUAUUUUACUUUUGCCAUUCAGUUCGAAAUUCAACAUCGUGUCGCGCGGAUCGUGGCGAGCUCAAAACCUAUAUAAUAUUUUUCAAUUUAAAAAAAAAAGUCUCAAAAGAAAAGAAAAACGAGCAAAAGUCACACCAACAUAAUGUACAUAUCGCUUAUAUAUAUCUUUGAAACAACCGUAUUUUUUUAUAAAUAAUAGCUCGUGUAUACUAAACAACCGAAAAAUAAAGAGCGAAAAAAACGCACGACAAUUUGCAACAAAUUGACAAAAAUACAAGCGUUUAAUCUCAUUACGUAAAGCACAAGACUCACCAAAAAAAAAAUAAUGAAAAGUUCUUUUCAAAAAAGUGAAAUCGAAAAUAACGAAGAAUUAUUUGAAAAUCUUCUCAUGGAAAAUCGAUUUGCCAAAAGUGUCAAAGUUCCGUCGCUGUCGUCGUCGUUGCCCCUGGGCCAUGUGAACUCAUUCCCUCAAGUUCAAGUUCACCAAAGUUUCUAUACAUAAAACAUCUAAGGAAAACCACCAAGCCAUGGGCCGAAAAAAACACAAACAUAAAACAUACAAAUUACUAAUUUUAGGAUAAAAUUUGUUUCCAAUUUAAUUUGAUGAAUGUUUGCGUUUGAAUGAGUCUGGUUUCCCAUUGUAAACAGCUUAACCUGAGUUGAUAUUUACGAUGCUUCACCAUUUCGCCAUAAAAUUUUAUAGUUGUUUGUAUUUAGAAAGAAAGCAAUGGAUUUUCUAUUUUCCCAACCAGCCACAACAAUUUCAGGCCAUGUGGUCUAAGGAAUUUCGUACUUGUUCCAAAACUCAUUAUUUUGUAAUGGUAUUCAAUAGAACUAUCAUCUAGCAGAGAGAGAAUCUAAGUAAAAACAGAAAUUACUUAAGAACCAUUUUUAGAAAAUAAGCCAGAAAUUUCAAAAACUCUGUGUUUUUAUUUCUUAAAAUCUCAAAUAACCAAAUAAAUCAAGAAUCAUAAUAAAUGUCAAAGAAAUACAUAGUUUUCAGUACCACUUCAACCUCCGAAGAGACAAGUCGUAUUAGGACAGCAUCGAUCGCACGUUCGUAAAACCUAUUGAACUUAUCAGCAAAAGUUGAAAAACAAAUAUUAAGCACAAAACAAAACCUAAAAAACAACAACAAAAAACACACCAUUUCUUACCACUCGGGCGCAAGCCCUUUACAAACAACCAUGCACGAGCCACCAGACAUACCUAAAUACACUACGAGAUCGUAUCAACUAGGAGAACCCAAAUUCAUUGUCAUCAAAAGUAAAAAUGAAUCCUCAUUUAAAACUGUUUCACCUUUCAUCAUCGAGAAAUCUGUGGACUUUGCCUGCGGAGGAAGAGUUGAAUCUGUCAAAAAAACCAGAGACGGCGGUCUUUUGAUAAAAACAAAAAACAACACACAAGCCACCAAACUUCUAAAACUUACCAAAAUCGCAGAUAUGGAAAUAACAGCUACCGAACACAAGACACUUAAUUUUUCAAAAGGCGUUAUCUACUGUAAUGACCUUAGAUAUAUAGACGAAGAAACAAUCCUUCGAGAGCUAAAACCACAGAAAGUAAUUGAAGUAAAAAAAAUAAUGAAGAGACAAAACACCAUCAAUAACACCAACACCAACAACUACAACAACACCAACAACUACAGAAACACCAUCAACCACAACACCAACCACAACAACAACCCCAACAACAACAACCUAAUAGAAACCGGACUCAUAAUAAUUACAUUCGAAACCCAUCAACUCCCUGAAAUACUGCGUGUCGGCUAUGAAACGGUUCGCGUACGCAACUACAUACCUCUCCCACUGCGUUGCAGGAAGUGCCUCCGCUUCGGACACCCUGCACCCAUAUGCAAGAGCACCGAAAAAUGUUUAAACUGCUCAGACGAAAAACACACCAGCGAAGGAGAACUCUGCAAAAACGAAAAAAAAUGCCUAAAUUGCGUAAACAAUCCGGAAAUAAACUCCCAACACAGCCCUUUGGACCGCAAUUGCCCCACAUUCCUUAAACAAAAGGAACUCACUGCCAUAAAAACCACCGAAAAAGUCGACCAUAGAACUGCUCUGGGUAUAUACUUUGAGCGACACGGAUACAAAACAAAAAACACUUAUGCAAAUACACUCACAAAAACCACAACCACAAAUACGCUCCAAAAACCUUUAAAUACACUCCCAUCAACAUCUUCUAAUGCACAAACUACAUCCAUAUCCUGCGAUCACAACCAAACUAACACACCAUCAACCUCAUCUGCACCAACCAAAACUACACCUGCACCGGAAAAAAUUCUCCAAAACCACGACCAGGACGACACCGAAGCCAUGGAAACGGACAACACGAACCCCACCAGAAUAUCAACCUCAUACGGAUCUCAACUCACAAAGGAUCUUAAACUAAAAAUUUUCCCUAAAGAUAAGUCUAACCCUCUUUGUACUAACUUCAAACCAACAAAAUCAAAAACCAAAUCCUCCAACAAAAACAAACAAACCACUAACAGCGACAGCGAAUCGGUUUAAAACCCACAGAUCUCCCAUUCUUUAAGGUUUAACCUUAGAACCCCUAACUCUACUAGAAUGUCACUAAUUACAAUUCAAUGGAACAUUCAAGGAUACACUAAUAACUAUAAUAAUCUCCUUAUCCUGAUAAAAAAAUUCUCUCCGCACAUCAUUACACUUCAAGAAACACACAUACAAUACACUAACAAUAUACCAACUCCAAUAAAUUACACACUACUAACAAACAUAGCCACCAAUAGAUUUGGCGGCGUAGCGAUAUUAGUACACAAGUCAAUUCAAUAUUCUAUAGUAAACAUUCCAAACGACCUUGAAGCUCUAGCAAUACACAUAAAAUCCAAAAAAAACAUGCUCAUAAAGACAACAUACAUUGCACCAAACAGAACCUUCACAAACCAAAUCCUUGAAGACACUUUGUUCAAUAACCAAACACCAUCACUGAUACUAGGAGACUUUAACGGAUGGCACCCUGCCUGGGGUUCCCCAAAAGCUAAUUCCCGAGGGAAAACAAUACAACAAUCCAUUGACAACACACAGCUAAUCUUACUAAAUGACAAAUCCCCCACACAUUUCUCAACACACAACACAUACACACAUAUUGACCUUUCACUCUGCUCAGCAACACUAGCCCCACACGCCAAGUGGGAAAUACUUAAUGAUCUCCACGGCAGCGACCAUUUCCCGAUAGUUAUCUCUCUAUUUCCUCCAAACACGAUAAACAAAUUCUCAAAACCAUUUUUUAUAUCAAAAAAAGCCAACUGGGAGCAAUUCCAGACUCUUACACACAUAAAUAACGAAAUAUUCCCCACUUCAUUAAACGUCAACAAAGAAGCCGCACAACUUAACAAAAUUAUAUUACACAGCGCAAACAUUUCCAUCCCACAAACAUCAACAAAUACAAAGCCCUACACGGUUCCUUGGUGGAACAAAAAACUAGCACAGUUAAAAAAAGAAAAAAAAUUAGCUUGGAAAGAACUUAAUCGCAACAUCAACCUUACAAAUAUUAUAAAUUACAGACGCUUAAAUGCCAAAUACAAAUUCGAAAUUAAAAAAAGUAAAAGCGAAGCUUCCAACUCCUUUACAUCCACCAUUCAACCAGAAACUCCUUCAUCCAAAAUAUGGAGCAACAUAAGGCGUUUCUGCGGGCUUAACCCAAGCAAACAAAUUCAUGCCAUACAUAAUCCCAAUAACAACACAACAACAACAGAUACUCUCAAAAUAGCCAACUCCCUCUCGCAACACUUCUCAGAUCUCUCAAGCGACCUAAACUUCUCUGAUCAAUUCCGAAAUAACAAAUACAAAAUCAACUCAACCAAUUAUACACCGACCUCAACAGCCAAAAAUAUCGAGGGAAACAUAACUCUUCUUGAAUUAAUAGCAGCACUACAAACACUUAAAGGAUCCACUCCAGGAUUAAACAGAAUUUCUUACGAAAUGAUACGCAAUAGCUCCCUUACCACAAAAAACAGAAUAACAAACCUCUUUAACCAAAUUUUCGACAGCCACAUACCUCAAGCCUACAAAAUAAGCUUAGUCAUACCCAUACUUAAACCUAAAACCGACAAAACAAACAUCUCUUCAUACAGACCCAUUUCCCUCAACUGCUGCCUAGCAAAAACAUUAGACAAAAUCAUAGCGAAAAGACUAUGGUGGUAUGUAACCCACAACAAUUUCUUAAAUACAAACCAAUUCGGCUUUAAAAAAGGCAAAUCGACUUCGGAUAGUCUCCUAUACGUAGACCAUCUCAUAACGAAGUCAAAGAGACACACCUCCCUCGUCACUCUUGACUUUUCAAGAGCCUUUGAUCGAGUAGGUGUGCACACUAUAAUUGACCAACUCCAGGAAUGGAAAAUAGGCCCUAGAAUAAUCAAUUAUGUCAAAAAUUUCAUGCUGAAACGUAAAAUAAUUGUUAAAGUCGGUGCGCAUAUGUCAAACUCACUCCCAUUAUCCAACGGUAUCCCACAAGGAUCACCUAUAUCGGUAAUCCUAUUUCUCAUCGCAUACAAUAAACUCUCAAACAUAAUAUCUUUACACAGAGAAAUUAAAUUUAACGCAUACGCCGAUGAUUUUUUCCUCAUUAUAAACUUCAAAAACAACAAAAACCUUAAUUUCAACCUAGACAACAUAUUACAUGACAUAAACAGCUGGUGCUCAUACUCAGGGGCAUCUUUAUCCUUAGCUAAAUGCCAACACCUCCAUAUUUGCCAAAAGCACAGUUGCACUAGCACCAUAAGCUGCAGCAAUACACCAAUACAACAAGUAACAGCACUCAAAAUCUUAGGGAUAACCAUAAACAGUAAAUACAAAUGGGACACACACAUAAAAUCACUACUUCCAUCACUACACCAAAAAACGAAUAUUAUAAAAUGCCUCUCCAACCCCAAAUUCAAUUGCAACACACAAACACUACUCCACGUCGCGAAAGCAACAGUCAUAGCAAAAAUGGAAUAUGGACUGUUUCUAUACGGACAGGCUCCAAAAAGCGUGCUAAACAAAAUAAAAACACAAUUUAACACUGCAAUCCGUCUAGCCCUUGGUGCCUACCGAACCACACCCAUACAUAACUUGCUAUAUGAAGCCAACAUCCUCCCAUUAGAGCAAAAACGGGACCUUCAAACAGCCAAACUCAUAAAAAACCUUAUAUUCUCCAGAGAUACACCAAUACACAAACUUGUCAAACCAAAUAAACCAAAAAAGAACCCAUCAAUCAUAGAACGCACAAUAAACCUUGGCCAAACCCUAAACCUACCCUACGAACCAGUUAAACUACAGAAAUACCAGCCACCUUGGGAUCUCCCAAACCUCAUAGACACAACAUUUAGAGUACACAAAAAACAAACCACUCCACCAGACACAUACAGGAAACUAUACGAACAUACCAAAGACAGCCAUAAAAAACACAAAUUCAUAUUUACGGACGGAUCAAAAAUGAACUCCACUGUAACAUAUGCUAUCACAACAGAGACAUAUAUUAUUAAAUAUGGAAUCCUACCCCCACACUCAUCAGUACUAUCCGCAGAAAUAAUAGCCAUAUUAGUAGCGAUAGACAAUGUCAAAAACACUAGGGGAAAGUUUAUGAUCUGCUCUGACUCUCUCUCAGCAAUUGACGCCAUAAAAAACACGAACAACAACAAUUUUUACGCCAACAAAAUCAGAUCACUCCUUACAAAGCUAGCCCCAAAAAUUAAACUAUUGUGGAUCCCUGGUCAUGUAGGUAUAGCAGGCAACGAACUAGCCGACCAAACAGCAAAAUCGACAUGGAAUAUGCCCCUGAUUUACACCCCAAACAUCAAUUUAACAGACAUAAACAGACAUUUAAAACUAGAAUUCACAACAAGAAAUAAACUAAACAUAGAACAAUGCAAUCAAUGGUACAAAAACAUUAACAAAGACAAUUCAAACAUCGACAGUUAUUGCAGAUCCUUCCAUCCCAAAUCAAGCAGAUUAGAUCAAAUUAAAAUAACUCGCCUCAGACUAGGACACACUAAACUCACACACGAGCACUACUUUAACCAUAACCAAACCUCACCUUGCCCCUUCUGCCAAGGCGACAAUUCCAUACUACACUUAUUUAAUUCAUGCCCAUCACUCCUCCCUAUAAAACUAUCCAUCUUUAAAAAUACAAACCCAUUAAAUCUCCUUAACGAACUCAACCCUGAUAAUUUAGAAAAAAUCUUAAUAUUUUUAAAAAUUUCAAACCUAUACCACAAAAUUUAAAAACACUCAAAAUGUACAUAAAUAAAAUCUACCAACUAAGUAGCCUAAAAACAACAAACAAUAUGUAACCAUACUAAUAGACUUAAAUAUCAUUAACCUUAAAAGCCGAAGGCCUUGCCGCCAGCGCUUUACCAACUAAGUUAGUCUAGUUUUGUAAACUUCUCUAUCUUUAAUAAUAAAUAAAUAAAUAAAUACAUAGUUGAGUUAUGAGAUUAUAUUAUAUAUUCUAUAGAUUAUAUAGAAAAGUUUAGCCAAACAAUAGGCAUUUUGAAAAAAGCUGUCUCCACCUGGACAAAUAAUUAAAAAAUAAUCCCCAACGACCUUCAAAUUCCUGCAUAUUUCUUUUGUUUUUUUUUGCUGAAAGUAUGCUGCUGUAUGCUAGGGAUAUGUAGCAGCUCCUGAUCCAUUGUUUCAUUCAUUUAUUUCUCUUGAUUUUAGUGGCAGCCACAAGUACCAUAACUCAACGAUGAAUUGCUCAUUGAAGAAAAUGUUUGCACUCUGCCAAUUGCCUCAAGGCAUCCCAAUGAGGCCCGAAACGCGUUUCCCCCAUGACUCAGUUUUUGAUCAUCACUCGGGGAUCAUUUCUUUUUUAUAUUUUUUUGCAAAAGAAAACUCAUUUUAUUUUAGUAUGUGUGAGAAAUUGUUUUUAUUUUUUGCUCAUUUUUUUCUAUUUCGUGUUAUGCGGCCACACACACGGUUUCUCAUAGAUAACAACAGAGUGGAACGGUUUUACCCCCAAACGAACUAUUUUUAAAUUAAUUUGGGGCAGGCCAAGCAAAAGCAACAGACGACGCCUUGUCGAUAUUGUUGGCUUUCUUCUCGUGUCUUGGUCUUUUCUCCCUUAUUCUUGUCUUUACCCCUCUACAUAUAGCGACUGUCCUGCAUCUGCCAAUAUUGAAUAAUUAUAAACAAAAUUAAAUUGGCUGCAAUCGACCGGAAAAUAUUUAAACGGACAGCCAGGCGUCAUAAUUAUGCUUUGGUUUUUUGACUUUUGGCUUGGUCUCUGAUGCGUUUCGAAUUUUUCAAAUAUUUUUGGGGAAUAUUUUUUUUUCAAGUAAAAUUUUAUAGUUUUCUAAGUGGUUUAGGAUAUCAAAAAUCGAAUAGUCUCUGGGGUAUACUAAAUUUAUUCUUUUCAAAAGCUUUUUUCGAAAAGAAUAAACAAAUAACAUUUUAAAAACUUUAUUCUGCAAUAGUCUGUAAUGGUUUCUAAUAAGUUUUCUUUAAUUUCCAAACCCAAAUCUUAUGUAAACAUUUUCCAUCUGCUUAUUCCAAUUAUCUCUGUAAAUUUUCAAAUAAAAGGUAUAUUUUUAAAAGCACUAAUUAGCAUUUAAUCGGUUAUGAAAUACGCUUAACAAGCGGUAUAAUUGAAAAUAAAUAUUUCGGUGGGGCAAGUCGAACGGAUGACUUCCCUGGCAACGACAAUGGCCCCCAUAACCGCCAAUUGGCCAAUAAAAUGCGUUUAAAAUCGGUUUUUUGCAAGUGUUUCUCUGCCUCUUUAUAGUCGCUUGGAAAAUGUGCAUAUUAAAUGCCAGAUGAAAUCUGAACGAUCCACAAAGGAAAACUAAAUCCAACAGAGUGUUAAAUAGCCUGUACUAAAAAUUAAUCAUAAAAAGGAUAUACGA